AUGGCCGCCAUCUACGCUGUAUACACUUCGCCUCACCAUCCUCCCAUCCCAAACCAUCUCCCCACUCUCAUCGUCACCCCACACGUUUAUAACUCUUCAACUAACACAACACAGAACACAGAAAACUAUUUGCUCACUCCUUCCCCUCAAGGCGAUCUCUGUGUCGCAAAGCUCUUCCCGCCUCGCCCCAAGGACCCCGCCAAGGGCUCCGCCUCCGACCCCGGCCAUGGUUCCCCAGCUUCCUCCCGCGUCGUCCGCUGCGAAGCCUCACGCAACCUCAAGUGGACAAUAGCAAACACAGGCGUCAUAUCUCCCAUCUACAAGCUCUCUCUCCCCUCCCCAGACUCUCCAGACCUUCCCCUAUUCCAGAUCUCAAAACCAAAUCCAAACGCUGCCUUCUGGUCCAUGUUCUACUUUGCCUAUGCAGGCCAUAACAUCCCUCCCAAGCGCAUCGAAUUUGGCAAAAUCCAGAAGAAUCCUCCUGGCCCAAACGGCGGCGGAACAAGAAUCAGCAUCACAGGCAAAACUCCAGAGGAGAAGGCCGUCUGGCAGACCCUCGGGGAGGGCAACGAGGACUGUGUUGAAUGGGUCGUCCUUUGUGCCGCACUCAACUUGCUAGACGACGAGAUCAUGAAAGCCGCUGAGAAGAAUGCCCCUCCUGCACCCGUUCAACUCAGAGAUGGCCCGUCCCCAAGCUCUUCAAUGCCUAAUCAGCAAGGUCCGCCAAACGGUGGUCCGCCCCCUGGUCAGCGCCCAACAGGUCCGGGUGGUCCUCCUCCUCCUCAAGCCUUCCCUCCAGGCGGCCCAGCUCGCGGCCCAAAUCAGCAGCCUAUGCCGGUAGGCAACCGUCCUCCUGGUCCACCCGGACCAGGCGCUCCCGGUGGCCCCAUGCCUCCCGGAGGGCCAAUGGGUCCUCCAGGCAACCGUCCUCCUCCACCAGGCGGAUUCCAAGGCCAAGGCCCCCCACCCCCUCAAGGUUACGGUUUCCCACCCGGCCAAGGUCCCCCACGUCCAGGUCCUCCCCCCGCCGGGUUCGGAGGUCGCCCUCCUCCACCGCACGGCGCCUUCCCCCCUCAAGGCGGUCCACCUCCUCCUCAAGGCGGCCCCAUCAGGAAGUUCUAA